CGAUGGAAAAAGUCGGCACUCUCAGCUUGGGAAGCUAAACAAAUAAGUUUUUAGCACCAUGGGAGCCAAUAUCAAAGCGAGUGUGUUUUUGGUUAAACUUCUUUUGCUUGGUAUUACCGGAAGUGUUACUUUGACUAGUCCCAGUGGCGAUUCAAAGUACUUCCAGUACUACCAGGAACCACCACUUUUGCACAGCGCAACCAACUACAUAACCAACCCAUUGGUUGGUCCCUACCCAACACUACCAUUAGAAAAAGUAGACUAUCAAGACGAAGUUGUUUACGAUGUUGACCAAGACAAGCCCCGUGAUUACGAAGAUGAAGAUUAUAGAAAAUACGAAGAUGAAGCUGAAAAACACUCCAUCGGUAGUAGAAGAACCCAUUUCCAAGGUCACUUCCCCAAAAAGGACAAAAAAGAAGUCCAUUACCACAAACACCAACACGUCCAUGAGCACGACCAUAAGCAAGAACACGUCCAUAAGCACCAACAACAACACAAGCAUGAACACAAGCAUGGGCAUAAACAAGAGGAUAAACACAGCCACCAUCACAACAGUCAUCACCAACAUGACCAUCAUGAAAGUGGCCACCACCAGCAUCAAGGCCACCAUAAACAUGCCCAUCAUAACGACCACAAACACGACCAUAAGUCCGAACACAAGCAUGGGCAUUACCACAGCGCCAAGCAUGAACACAAGCAAAACCACAAACAUGAGCAUUCGCAUGAUGGGCAUCAUGGGCAUGAUCACCACCAUGGUAACAGCCACCACCAUUCCCACGACCAUAAACAGGAAGACAAGCAUUUGCACCACCACUCCGGGAAGAGCGAGCACAAACACCAACAUAAGCACGGGCAUCAUGGGCAUCACGAUCACAAGCAUGGGCAUAAACAUACCCACGGUCAUAAGCAUUCCAAACAUUGAUUCUGUUAUUUGUUUUAAUCAUUAAAGGUUUUAAUAAUUUUA